CUCAAAUAGCCACACUGGAGGACACUGAAAUUCCAGUAGCUAUUUUUGAGCAACAAGAUGAAGUUGAAGAAAGAGAUUCCCUCUCUAGGGAUAUCUCAAACUUUGUGCUUAAUGAAACAGAAGAAGAGUCUGAGAAGACACUGAAGAUUGAUGAUGAAGAAGCUGAGCAAGGAGAUGCUGAAUCACUCCCUCUGCAACUCUUCCACAGAGUACCUUCUUCACAUCAGGCAAGAGAUAGAGCAGAUGGAAGCAAGGCACACCAAAUUGAUGGAGAUAUCUGAAGAAAGGUAUUGCUCAAAUCUCAAUGAGAUAAGCAAAUCUGUAGACAAAACUCUAGAAAUCAUUUCUCUAUUGAGUAAGUCUGUGAGCAAUACAAUGAUGGCCUAUGCAUAUGACUGCCACCUUCAAUUCAAAGAAGCCACUGAAAUCAAGCAGCAGAUUGCCACAGUCACAAUCAACCUUCAGAAGCAGAUGUCACUCCUCCAGAUGGAUAUCAGAUCUGCCUUGGCAGUGUCAUCAGCAAACCAGGUGGUAACUCAAGAUUACCUAAAAGUUCUUGCUGACAAUCAGAAGGAAGCAUUCAGACUCUUCAGACACUUUGGUACCUUCACUGGAAAACACAAGCUGGAAGUGAUUGUCCAACCCAGAAGUCCAUCUCAAAUUCCAAAGUUUCCGAUUGAAGUUAAACAAGGAGAACUCUCAUACAUUCCAUCACAUCUGAACAUGACGGAGCUGAUACUUGAAGCCCAGCAGAGCAAUCCAGAGAACUCAAUCCAACAUCUAUCAAACACUGAGUUUGAUGGAACAGAAGUUGUAGGAACCAUUGUCUCCCACUUCACAAAUAAUGCCCAGACAGAAGAAAGAUAUAACAACCUCAAGCGCAUACAGGAAGAAUGUGGAGUUAUGCAAGGCAUUGGUGAGAUUACCGGAUCAUCUAAGCGCAAGAAGAAGUCAAGGCUCUUUUCAUCAAACCAGGGGGAAGUAUUGAAAACAUUAUUUAUGUUUUGAUGAAAACACUUUCUUGUUUAAACAUGAGUUUUGGUUUAAACAUUGCUUAAUACUUCUCUCAAUUAUACUUGAUCAUAUUCAUUUUAAGUAUAAUUUUUGGGAUUUAUCAUUGAGCGCAUACAUUCCGGGGGAAUAUAAUUCAGGGGGAACUUAACUGUAUUUGGCUAACAAUUGUGUUUGGUAAUGAACUAUUGAUGAACUC